CUUCCACCAACCAACGAUAGAGCCAGCAGCCAACCAUCCGCGGCAAGCCUUCCAUCCGCAGCAACCAUGGAGAGCGCCCCUUCAGACCUGCUCACGGCACUGCCUGCCGAGGAAGCGCCAACACCAUCACCGGUUCCGACACCACCCCAGCCAGAUCUCCCAUUCCUGUCCCAUGAGCCCAAGCUCGGCGACCCUUCCCAAGCUCGGGAGAGCUUCGACCACGCAAAGCUUCGGAAGUUCCCCAAGCCAUACUCGUCCAUUCGUAUCAUUGGCGAUCUCAGCGACGGCGCUGAUGUUUGUAUCAAAUACGGUCAAAUGGACGAUGGCAAGGAAGUGGCCAUCAAGAUCUUCGACCACAACAAGCACAACUCUACCAACUACUGGACUUUCGAGCGGGAGUGCCGCAUUAGCGCGAAGCUCGAAUUGAUCUACGCCAUGUAUCGACGUGCCACUGCCGGCGGAUGUCCGCUUUUCAUCCGCCCGAGCCCCGAAUAUCGCAGAGUCGCCAUGCCCAACCUCAAAGCAAUCUCCGACGAAUUUGCCGACAAGUAUUGUCGUCGCGCCAGCUCUGAGUCGUUCACCCCUGCCGUUGUCAAUAUCCCCGAAUGCUACGGCUGGGUACAGCUCGACGAGGCUAUCCCGUCGAUGUACCUGCAUCCUUCGGCUGGAUACGAAUCGACGGCGCCAAGAUGGGAGAAGCCCUUUGCCAUCAUCUACGAGCUCGUUCCCGGAAGCACCCGCCCGAACGACGUGGUUCUUCCUGUAGAAGAGCUUUUCUACCUGCUUGACCUCGGCCCCGAAGUCCUGGUUUGAAAGCAAGCGGUGGGACGUAGGAGCCCUAGUCGACCACAGCGACCUGGUACUACCAGACGACGGCGACGACUGAUACGCCGAGUACUACGGGAAGAGGGUCAACUGGGGAGAGUCGUCCGCAGUCGGCCAUUUCGCCAAUCGUUGGCGUCAUAUCUUGCUGUCUGGUUCUACCGAACAAGGUGGACGUUGAUUUCACGAAGGCCUGGAGGAAGUCAUGUAUGCUCUGGAGGGUAAGGGACAGUCUCGAAGACCCUGGGGGAGUUGGG